AUGGGCUAUGAUCUGGAGAGGUUUGUGGGUUAUGUGAAUGAGGGUCUGCUGUGCUGUGUGUGUCGGGACGUGUUAGAGCGCCCCCUCCAGGCGCCCUGUGAGCACGCCUACUGCAGCGCCUGCAUCAGCAGCUGGCUGUUGCACCAUCACUCCUGUCCUGAGGACAGACUGCCGCUGGACGUAGGCAGCCUCAAACCGCUGUACAGAUACAUGCGUAACGACCUGAACCGUCUGCAGAUCCGCUGUGUGAAUGCUGGACAGGGAUGUGAGGUGAUCUGCUCCCUGGAGAGUCUUCACACGCACGAGGACGAGUGCGAGUUCGCCUUCAUAUCCUGCUCCAACACCGGGUGUCCCGUGCAGGUAGAGAGGCGGGGCUUGGAGGCUCACCUGUCCGAAUGCAACUUCCGCAGCAGAGAGUGUCCCAACGGCUGCGGACACACUCUGCUCUCUGUGGACCAAUCGCAGCACAACUGUGUGGCCGAGCUGCGAGCGGAGGUGGAGAUGCUCAGGGCGGAGAUGCUGUGCAAGGUGGAGGAGGUGAGGCGAGAGAUGGAGUCUCGGCUGGACUCCCAGAGGAGGCACAUGGUGCAGAAGGAGUCGCAGCUGAAGAGCGAAGUGGAGGAGCUCAAGGGUCAGCUGUCCCGGGUGAUGUGCGACAUGCGAGCCCUGCUAGGAGCUGAGCGUCUGAGGAGGCAGGAGCUGGCGGAGGCCGAGCUGGAGAAGAGAGAGCUGCUGGAGCUGCUCAGAGACCUGCAGCCCACCAGGAACCAGCCUCCUGCCGACCAGGCGUCCAGCGACCAGCAUCAGGGAGACCUGCAGAGCUGGGAGCUGCACGCCGAGUUGAGCCGACACCAGCAGAGGGAGGCCGCUGCUUUACACGCCUCCAGCCUGUCGCUGCAUUCAGCUCAGGCUUCGCAUCUGUCUGGUCCUCCUCCAUCACCUCAGCUGGGAGAGGCAGCACGAAAGGGAGGCACCAGGAGUCUGACUCUGGACUGCAUCAAGAGGAAGAGCCGGGAGGUGACGGUCAUCUGAGCAAAGCCUGAGAAAGUUAGCCAAACUGCAAUAAAUGAGAACUCUAGUUGGACUGCUGGAGUUUAAGAAACUAGACCA